AAAAAAAAAAAGGCAUACACUAACAAAUACGUUUAUUUAUUAUUUUUUUUAAUUCUUUUGCUUCUCUUUUCUUCUUUUUUUUCUAAAUAAUAAUACCUUUAAAUAUAGUAUUUGGCUCAUUUAGUUAUGAAUUCACCUAAUGUAUACCAGGAGCCACAUUUAUACGAUCCGCCAAGUCAAGAAUAUAAUGAUCAUGACAACGAUGCGCAAGAUCCAAUGUUGCCCACCGUAGUUGCCAAUACACUUUCAAAUAACGAUACAAGUAAUAGCAACUAUAUUCGAGGGCCCAAUAAUACCAUUAGAAUUAUUUUUCUUACAUUAUGUUUAGCAGGACUUCAGUUUACAGGGACCGUCGAAAUGGCAUAUGGCACACCCUAUUUACUUUCAUUAGGGUUAUCUAAAUCAUUCAUGUCAUUAGUAUGGAUAGCAGGUCCAUUAUCAGGCUUAAUUAUGCAACCUAUUGUCGGGGUUAUAUCUGAUAGCUGUGAAUCAAAAUGGGGAAGACGAAGACCAUUUUUAAUAGGGGGAAGUCUUGUAGUUGUGAUAAGCUUAUUAGUGAUAGGAUGGACAAGAGAAAUUACAUGGCUGUUUACAAGACAAGAAGAAGGAGAUACAUUUAAACUAGUAUCAAUUAUUAUAGCAAUUAUAUUCAUUUAUAUACUCGAUUUUAGUAUUAAUUGUGUACAAGCUUCUUGUAGAGCAUUAAUAGUUGAUUCUUUACCUUCAUCUCAACAAGAAAAUGGUACAGCUUGGGCAGGAAGAAUGGUUGGGUUAGGAAAUGUAGCAGGAUAUUUUAUGGGAUAUGCUGAUUUAGUUCGUGCUUUCCCAUUUCUCGGUAAUACACAAUUAAAGGUACUUUGUGUACUUGCUACGUUAGUGUUACUGGCAUGUGAUUUUAUUACUUGCUAUACUGUUAAAGAGAAAGCGUUUAAUAUGAAUGAUACAAAUAGACAGAAAAGGGAAAAUUCACCAUUCACUUUAUUCUCUGGUAUAUUUAAAAAUAUUUGGCAUCUUCCUAAACCAAUUCAAAGGAUUUGCAAUGUUCAAUUUUUUGCAUGGAUUGGUUGGUUUCCAUUUUUAUUUUAUUCAACUACUUGGGUUGCUGAAAUAUACAAUGAAAACUUAUUAGAGAAUGAAGAUGGGGAAGAUAGAAUAGGUCAAGCAACACGAGCUGGUUCUUUUGCAUUUCUUGUCUAUUCUCUUGUUUCAUUAUCUUCUUCAUUUUUAUUACCCUUAUUCGUUACUUCAGUGUCCAAAGAAAAGAAGGAUUCAAGCUGUACAAUUCGAUUAUUUGGAAAGAAAGAGAUCAGUUUAAGCUGGCUUGGUUUCUUUAAAUUAUCUUUUUUAACAUUACCUCGUGCCUGGACGAUAAGUCAUUUUAUAUUCUGCAUUUGUAUGCUAUCUACUUUUUUUGUGUCUGAUGUUACAGCAGCUGCAGUUGUUAUUGGAUUAUGUGGUAUUAGUUGGGCUAUUUCAAUGUGGGCACCCUUUUCUUUGUUAGGUGAAUAUAUAGUAGAGCAACAAUCACGUAUAGCUAAAUAUGGUUCAGAAGAAGAAGAAGAAAAUGAUACCAUUCAAUUCAUUUAUAAACCAGAUAUGAUGGCUUCAAGGACAAGUUUAGCGGGUAUUAGCAUAAUAGGAGCAGAGCCUGUAUUAUACCAUCCUGUAGCGAUUGAAGAAGAAGACAUUCAAAUGCUUGGUAUCAAGCAUCUUAAUCAAGAACAACAACUUGGUCAUAGCAGUAGCAGUAAUAGUAAUAGUGAUAAUGAUAAUGAUCAAUAUGAAGAAACUUAUCAAAACCAACAACCUCCAGCAGCAGGUGUGCUCUUAGGUAUUCAUAAUAUGUAUAUAGUUUUACCUCAAUUCUUGGUUACUUUUUUCAGUAGUAUUAUAUUUCGUAUUUUAGAAAGUGGAGAAGAUUCAAGAGAUACGAUAGGAUUUAUAUUAAGAAUAGGUGCAGUUAUGGCAGGCAUUGCAGGUUUUAUUAGUUUAAAAAUCGGAAAAGAUGAAUAA